GUGCCUUUGAUGACAAGGGAGUCAGGAUGGCUUUGAACGGACGUGCCUUUCUUCAGGGGCUCUGUUUUCUUGUCCUCAGCACCAUGGUGGAUGCUCAAGCUGUGGAGGUGCGGCUGGAGGAUGGCAGCCACCACUGCGAGGGGAGAUUGGCAGUGAAGCAUCAAGGCACAUGGGGCACGGUGAACGUUGGCUACAGUAGCUUGAAUAAUGCUGUUGUGCUGUGCAGACAGCUGGGCUGUGGAGAUUUAGUUGAUGUUGUCAGAAGCACUCGUUUCGGACAAGGGUCCGGGCCCAUUUGGCUUGUAGACCUUUCCUGCAGUGGGACAGAAUUAACUGUCAAUGACUGUAACUAUCGUCAUCUGAGAAAUCAUUCUGAUAUUGGUCUUUCCCAUGACUGGGACAUCGCCAUCAUCUGCUCAGGAUUUGUGCGUCUGGUUGGAGGGGAUGGGCCGUGCUCAGGGCGAGUAGAACUGCAUUCUGGAGAAGCCUGGACUCCACUGUCCGAUGGGAACUUUACGCUACCCAGUGCACAGGUCAUCUGUGCCGAGCUGGAGUGUGGCAAGGCCGUGUCUGUCCUGGGGGAUGUGCCCUUCAGAGAGUCAGAUGGACGAGUCUGGGCAGAACAGUUCAGGUGUGAGGGGCAGGAGCCUGAGCUCUGGACGUGCCCCCGAGUGCCCUGUCCGGGAGGCACCUGCCACCAUCGUGGGGCUGUUCAUGUUGUCUGUUCAGCAUACACAGAAGUGCGGCUCAUGGCAAAUGGCACCUCUCAGUGUGAGGGACAAGUGGAGAUGAAUAUUUUCGGACACUGGAAAACGCUCUGUGCCUCCCACUGGGAUGAGGCCGAUGCCAAUGUUGUUUGUCGCCAGCUGGGCUGUGGAGUGGCCAUCUCUGCCCCCAAGGUAGCACACCCUGCGGACGGAGGCGAUCGGAUCUGGAAAGCUCGAUUUCACUGCUCCGGCGCCGAGUCCUUCCUGUGGAGUUGCCCUGUGACUGCGCUGGGCGCUCCUGCCUGUCCACAUGGAGACACGGCCUCUGUGAUCUGCUCAGGAAACCAGACCCAGGCGUGGCCCCAGUGCAAAGACUCCGCGUCCGACCCAGCGGACUCUGCAGCCUCAGAGGAGCGCACUGCUAACUGCUCAGACAGUAGACAGCUGCGCCUGGCGGACGGGGGCGGGCGCUGCGCCGGGAGAGUGGAGCUCCUGCGCCAGGGCCUCUGGGGCACCGUCUGCGAUGACCGCUGGGACCUGAGAGACGCCCGCGUGGUGUGCAGACAGCUGGGCUGCGGAGACGCCAUAAAUGCCACCGGAUCUGCUCACUUCGGGAGGGGCUCAGGGCCCAUCUGGCUGGACGAGCUGGACUGCGCAGGGAACGAGUCCCACGUGUGGAGGUGCCCUUCGCUGGGCUGGGGGCGGCACGACUGCAGGCACAAGGAGGACGCAGGGGUCGUCUGCUCAGAGUUCCUGGCCCUCAGGAUGGUGAGCGAGGACCACGGGUGUGCCGGGUGGCUGGAAGUCUUCUACAACGGGACCUGGGGCAGCGUCUGCCACAGCCUCAUGGAUGCCACGACCGUGUCCAUUGUCUGCAGACAGCUUGGCUGUGGGGACAGGGGGAUGCUCAGCUCUUCUGAAGUUGACAGGGCUGGUUCUAGACCCCGGUGGGUGGAUCAAAUCCAGUGUCGGAAAAGUGAUUUCUCUCUCUGGCAAUGUCCUUCCGACCCUUGGAAACACACCUCAUGCUCUGCAAAGGAAGAGGCUUAUAUCACGUGUGAAGACAAAGACAAGCUGCGGCUCAGCGGGGGAGACUCGGCAUGCGAGGGGCGCGUGGAGGUGUGGCACGCCGGCUCCUGGGGCACCGUGUGCGACGACUCCUGGGGCCUGGCCGAGGCCGAGGUGGUGUGUCAGCAGCUGGGCUGUGGCUCUGCCCUGCGUGCCCUGCCGCAGGCGGCCUUUGGUCCAGGAAACGGGAGCAUCUGGCUGGACGAGGUGCAGUGCGGGGGCCGCGAGCCCUCCCUGUGGGCCUGCUCGGCGCAGCCCUGGGGCCAGAGCGACUGCAAACACGAGGAGGACGCCGGGGUGCAGUGCUCCGGGGAGAGGACAACGCUUCCCCCGACCCGGCCAAACACCAGUUCGGGCACAGCUGCUGUCGCCGGCGUCCUCUCCCUUCCUGGGAUCCUCUGCAUCAUCCUGGGGGCGCUCCUCCUCCUGGUCCUCACCAUCCUGGGGAUCCAGCUGCACCGGCGCAGGGCAGAGCACCAAGAUGCCAUGGGUGAGGCCUUGUACCAGGAGAUUGAUUACCUCGUACAACCAGAGAACGUGGACCUGGUGGACAGUCCAGGUCACCUGUCCAAUGACUCAGUGACUAGGCUGCCAUAUUACACAGGGAACAGGGAGGAAGAUGGAGACCCUGAACCUUUACCAGUUUCGGACCCUCCAGGACUGCAUGACAGUGCCACAGGGGAUGGUUACGAUGAUGCUGAUGUCUUACCUGUUCCUGAAAUUCCGUCUUCCCCUGAGAUGAGCACCUCUCUGCAGUGUCCCAGGGAAGCUGUCAGCUCCAGCCUGGGAGAGCAGGGAUCCUUGCUGGUGCUGGGACAAGAGGACCCUGGGUAUGAUGAUGCUGAGCUUAGCACCGUGUAGUGCCACUUGGAGCAAAUGACU